AUGCUCAGAUCCUCUUUUGUCAGAUCCCGUUCUACGCUUGCCAGAGCCUACUCUACCAAGACCCUCAAGAUUGGUCUCAUUCCCGGUGACGGUAUCGGCCGCGAAGUCAUCCCCGCGGGUAAGGCUGUCCUUGAGGCUCUCCCCAAGGAGGACGGUCUCUCUUUCGAGUUCGUUAACCUUCUUGCCGGUUUCGAGCACUUUAAGCAGACUGGCACUGCUCUUCCUGAUGAAACUGUCGAGGUUCUCAAGAAGGAGUGCGAUGGUGCCCUCUUUGGUGCUGUUUCCUCCCCCACAACCAAGGUUGCUGGCUACUCUUCCCCCAUUGUUGCACUCCGCAAGAAGCUUGGCCUCUACGCCAACGUCCGCCCCGUCAAGUCUGUUGACGGUGCCCCUGGCCGUCCCGUCGACCUCGUCAUUGUCCGUGAAAACACUGAGGAUCUUUACAUCAAGCAGGAGCGCCAAUACACCGCCGAGGACGGUACUCAAGUUGCUGAAGCCAUCAAGCGCAUCACCGAAACUGCCUCUCAGCGCAUUGGCAAGAUGGCUUUUGACAUUGCUCUUUCCCGCCAGGCUCUCCGUGAUGCUGGUGCCCCCUCCAUCCACAAGACUUCCACUGUCACCAUCACCCACAAGUCCAACGUCCUGAGUCUUUCUGACGGUCUUUUCCGUGAGACUAUCCGUAAGUUCUACGACGCCAACAAGGACAAGUACGGCUCUGUCAAUGUCAAUGAGCAGAUUGUCGACUCCAUGGUCUACAGACUCUUCCGUGAGCCCGAGGUCUUUGACGUUGUUGUCGGCCCCAACCUCUACGGUGACAUUCUUUCCGACGGUGCUGCCGCCCUCGUUGGCUCCCUUGGUGUUGUCCCCUCCGCCAAUGUUGGUGAUGAGUUCGUCAUUGGCGAGCCCUGCCACGGUUCUGCCCCUGAUAUCGAGGGCAAGGGUAUCUCUAACCCCAUUGCCACUAUCCGCUCUACCGCUUUGAUGCUUGAGUUCCUCGGCUUCCCCAACCCUGCUGCCAGAAUCUACAAGGCUGUUGAUGCUAACCUUGCUGAGGGCAAGAUUCUCACUCCUGAUUUGGGUGGCAGCUCUUCUACCCAGGAUGUCAUCAAUGACAUUAUCAAGAGACUGUAA